AUGUCGAGCGACAUUUUAAGUAUCGAAGGUGCCCCGAUCUUUGACGAUCGUAUCGUGAGAAUAGAAACCCACACUUACAAUCCGUACGUUAACAUCACGUUCGGAUACAGCGACGAGAUACCUAUACAACAACAGGAUCUUGAUAAACGCGCGACACGAACUCAUUCUGAUACGCGCAACGAUAACAAUUGCGUCGUGGCGCAUUCAGAUCAGAGAUCGAAGAUCACGUUGUUGAGAAUACAGUGGCGAAUGUCACACGUGAUACUGAACGACAACAAACUGUCGCUUCUGCGAACGUUGGACAGCGAGCGAUAUCUAAGCAUCGGCUUUCGUUCGUGGGAUCUGUACGAAUUUCCACUGUUGCAAAGUACGACCAAGCAUUCGUGGGCGGUAAAAGCGACAACGCAAUUGGAGAAACCGCGAUAUAUGAUUUUCGCGCUACAGACCGGAAGGAAAAACGUACCGUCGGAAGACGUUUCUAAAUUCGAUGUUUGCAAGCUGACUAAUGUAAAACUCUAUUUGAAUUCCGAGUUCUAUCCCUACGACGAUAUGAAUCUACAUUUCAAACGUAAUAAGUUCGCAGUGUUGUACGAUAUGUAUUUGAAAUUUCGAAAGGCGUAUUACGGGUGCGAGACCUGCGAACUAUUCAUGACUGUCACUAGAUUUCUGCAAUACGGUCCGCUCGUGGUCACUGAUUGCUCCCGCCAGAACGAAUCAAUCAAGAGCGCCACCGUCGACGUUCGCGUAGAAUUCGAAUGCAAAGAGAACGUUCCGGCUAACACAACGGCUUAUUGUCUCAUCAUUCACGAUAGAGUUAUUAUAAUAUAA